AUGCCAUUUGUGAUCCCCCUUUCAAUAAAAAUCGCAAUUUCAAUAGGUGCAAUCACCGGUGCCACAAUUGCCAUCAUAAACAACAAAGAAACAAUCCUAACAACAGCAGAAGCAAUAUUUGAAAGUGGUGUUAGGUUUUGUCAUGAGAAAGUAGAAGAAAUAAAACUGGCUAAUAAACAAAUGCAUAUGAUUGAACAAUAUCAAUUCAAUGAUGAUGGCACUGCAACGACUGCAACUACUACUGGAUCUAAUAGUAGAGGAAGUGAUUCUGAUGAACCAACCACUCCCGAUAGUGGAAUGAGUGAAGAUGAAUCCUUUUCUGAAAAAGGAAUGAGUGAGUUUACUGAAAUUGAUAGUGAUGAAUAUAGUGAAACUGAUGAUUUUGAUUAA